CUGGGAACUGCCUCUGCUACCGUAAAGGUCUCUUGCUGACCAAGGUGCAGAUGGAGCGCUUGAUCAAUUUGAGUUCAAACUGUUCAUGCUUCUCAUGAAGAGGGUUGCUCACAGCCUACCUUUGCCUCAGUCCGUGUCUGCUUUCCAAGUGAGUUGGCUUCUGGGACAGCGCUUCUUUCUGUGUCCUGCAGCCCCCCCUCCUCCAGACUCGCUCUCCACAAUCUUUGGCAGCACUGUCAACCCCCGACAUGUAUCCCCAACUCCACAGUCAUCAGCAUUGGAUCCGUCACUACCACAGUGGUCCUCCUAUGGCAAAGCGCUGAUGCCAUCAAGAGUGAGUGACCCAUCAUCAUUCCUGAUUGAUACAGAUAAUGACUCUACGAAGGAGAUCUCAUGGCAGGAGCAGAUUGUUCGGAGGGUCGGAAAGGAGGCAUCACUGUUCAAGGAGAACAUGUGGAAAGAAAGAGUCGAUCGGGGAGUAGAGCGGGAUGAUGAGGGAACCUCAUCGCUUGGUGAUGAUGAUGGAGACGAAAGUUGCAACAUGGAUUUGGAGAGUGAAAGGGCCGAGAAGCAGCUAGCACGUAGUGCUAAAGCUGAAGAAGGCAGGAUAGCAGAGGCAGAAAGAAUGCCCGAGGAGGCUGCAAACAAGGCAAGUCCAAUGGGAGUGACGGCAACGGGAAUGUGUGUAUGGGGAACAAUGCGUGAGUGGGCAUUGGCAGAUAGUGACAAGAAGGCAACAUCAAAGGCUGUGAAAGACGGGGGCAAGAGAAGUCUUACUGUGGAUGGGUGGAGGACAGGCAUGCAGAAAGGGAAAUCACCUGAUGUGGUGGAGGCUGGAGGCACAAAGACUGAUGCUAAGCCACUGCAGAGGUUUUGGAGCUGGACAGAAAAAAGGCACAGCCUUUUCUCAAGUUCACAGACUGGAGCAGCUGCUUCAGAGGCUUUUGCAACACCUUCGUCUUUGUUGUCACUGUCGUUGUCGUCGUCGGACAAAUAUAGGUCAUGCAGGGCUUUGUCACGGAUGGGGAAAUCUCAACGGGUUGCAGUAGCCACAUCUCCAUCUGUCAGCAGAGAUAGCACCGACUACCUGCAGUUGUCACCCUCGAGUGCUUCGAUCCAGGACCAGUACGGCCUCCCUAGAGAAUGUAAAGGUGACUUGCCAUCUGGUAUGGGCUGUCCAACAGCAAAAGGUCCUCCACCAACAUCACCGAGGUGGUUGUCAUUCUUCCCAUCAGGUUGGAGAGGCGGAGGGAGUGCAGCAAGGAGCUCAGUGGCUGGGAGCAGUGGAGCUGCAUUUGAAAACUGGCCAAACACAGGAGGUAGGAACAUCUACUCACGCCGGGGAUCUCUGAAAGCAAUGAAGGCAUGCUUGGCAACCACCAGUGGAUCCUUUGCUGCUGGUUUCCCAAUUGUGAGCACUGAAGCUUCCUCUCAAGUUCCUAAAAGUGAUAUGCUUUCCUCAUGUAUCCCGUGCUCUUCUGAUCGUGAAAGGGUAAGCAGUUUAGAUCCAUGUCAAGCAUCAUCGAGUGGAGAAGAGCAUCGUGAAAGGGUAAGCAGUUUAGAUCCAUGUCAAGCAUCAUCGAGUGGAGAAGAGCCUGUGGCACCAAUAGAAAUGGUCGUAACAACAAUCACUGCAAGUGAGCAUUCAGCUCAACACAACCCUGGUUACAUCAGCAAUCUGUCUACAGCUCCAAUCCCUUUGCAUGCAUCAGUAGCAGCAGUUGCAGCAGCAGGAGCAGGAGGAGAAGGAGGCGGAGCAGGAGGAGAAGGAGGCGGAGCAGGAGGAAUUUAUUCAGGGGGAUUUCAGGUUGGUGCUCAGUACUCCUCGCCCAACAUUCCUCUUCUUCCCCCACCUCCAUCUCGAAGACCCUCAGCGACAUUGAGGUCCCCUGCCUCAGUCUUUUUAUUAGCUGACGAGCCUGACCCUAUUUCUUGCAUUCAGGUUGUUGCAGUUGGAUCUUCUGCGUCUGCAUCAGCAUGUAAUUCUACCUUUAGUGAGCAUGGAUCUCUUGGUCCUGACCUGGCAGUAGCAACAGGAAAACUGGCAAAUGAUUCUUCGAUUGCUGCAGGAAAGCUGCCAGUUGACUCGUUGUCCUCGAAUAGACAGCACACAUCGCUGGUGAGAACACCUGAUUUGUUCACAGACUCAAUGCCAGAUAUGUCUGAAUCAGAUGCUCUUUCACGCACUAGGUGGUCAAUGUCCGGUGUGCACUCUCCAAAGAGCACUUGCCGAUGGACUGCAGUUGUUUCUGAUGCAUCCGUCGGGCAUCGCGAUGCAAUAUCAAUAUCGAUUUCACCAUCAUUUACAUCAUCAAAUGUGGACAGAGACAACCAUGACAACAUCCGACUACAGCCAUCUGCAUCUAUUUUACAUUCACCAUCAUUAUCUGCUGGAUCAGGAUUACCACAAUCCCAGCCACCUCCACCACAACCACAGACAAAGCUCUGGUUAGGUGUCACAGCAGGGCUCAGGAUGAAGGAGGCAGCGCUGAAAGGAAAGGGAGGAGAGGGAGGGGGCUUCAAAGAGCCGGAUGGGCUGCAGUGGGACCAUAACAGACCGACUUUGGAGUUCUCAACGCCCGUGGUUCCAGCAGCAAGAUGGAAAGAGGCAAAGUUGCAGGAUGAUGAGCCUGAAUCCUGGGGUCAUCUGGAGCUCCUAAAGCGAAUCAAUGGUGGAUGGCGCCCUCUAAUUUUGUGCAUUAAUCGGUUGGUUCUGGAUAAAGCUGACAAGAUGAAGGGCCCAUUUUUAAGCAUUUAUGUCAGAGGUUUCCUAUUGAUGUUGAUCAUGGCACCGAUUGCUGAGCACAUGCGUCAGUCUAUUCUGACCCGGUGGGUGCCUCGUUUGUUCGGACCUGGGCAAGUGCCUUAUGCGGUGGGAGCAAGUAGCUCCUCGACUGAGCCGCGUACACAUGCCCAGAUCGAGGCACGAAGAAGUGAACUGGGAGAGCUCCUCUCCCAACUGCUGGUGGAUAUGGAGUUUGGUGUCCCUGCUGCAAGAGAACACAUCCGGGGUAAAUUUGACCUUGAUGCGAUCUCUGAUCGUUUGGCCAAAGCUACCAUGGGUGUGGAGAUGAUAGCAGCAGCGAUUGAAAUCCAGAAGGUUAUUGGCCAGUGUCCUCAGAUACUGGACCAAUUUACCAUCCAACAGUUGGAAGAAAUAGCUCAGCGAAAGGAUGGUGCGCCAGCAGUGAAAGUGGAAAGCAUUGAAGAGAACAUACAACAGUUAAAGGAGACACUCGCGAAAGAAGAAAAGAAGCGGGAAGAACUGUUGCAAGGAAAAGAACAGAAAACUAAGUUGCAGCAGAGAAUGGGUAGAGUUCAGCAGCACGUUUAUUUGGAUGAGAAGGAUGUCGCCCAGACGCUGGGGCAAAUACUGACAUAUCUGGCUUUCCUUGAGGAGAAAUUGGACCAACAGCAGAAUAAAAUGGAUGAAUUGGCUGUUGGUCUCAACGUUAUCACUAACAUCGUUAAGGGGAAAGCCCCUUUGAUUGAAAGUGAGGAAGAAAAAGGAAACGAGGAUAAAAAAAAUGACGUCAAGAUUGAUAGGUUGCGCAUCAGCGGAAUGAAAGACGACGACGCAUCCAAAAAGGAAACGAAAAAGGAACCAGAGAUGAAACCGGAAGAGAAACUUGACGGGGAUGGUGAUGGAAACGGGAAUGGGAACGGGAACGGAAAUGGGAAUGGUGGUCCCAACGGUCCCCCUCCCCCUCCUAAGGACAAUGCCAAACCCGCAGAUCCGACUAAGCCAAAGAAAAAAAAAAAGGUGAAGAUGAAAUUGCCUUUUACUUUUUCUAAUAAGAAAGAAGAAAGCCUUCCACUCUGGAUCGCAGAGAUCCAGACCUAUGUUGGGACCGCACCGGUAGAAGAAGAGUCGCAAAUUGCGUUCACCACUUCUUGUAUGGGGGGUGAGGUGAAGCAAUGGGUUAUGGCGGAAGCAAAUGCCGCGGGGUUUGACGAUAUAGGUGAGUGGGCGAAGACUAUGACCUUGAAGCAGUUCCUUGCAAAAGUCAAGGACUGUUUCUUGGACAAGACUACGGCCGAUAAGGCCUUCGACCAACUCACCACGAUAGGACAAAAGUCCUGGUCUUCAGUUGAGUCAUUGUCUCGUGAGGUUGACCGAUUGUUGCAGGUUCCCGGUCUUAACCUGCAGGACUCUCAGGUCCUCUACAUUUACUCGCGUGCAUUGCCCGAACCGAUCCGAGGGCACUUGGUCCCCGAGGCCAAGUCCGGUAAGUAUAGUUACCGUCAGUUCCGCGACCUGGCGUUGCAGCGGGAACAAAUGACUUCGCAAGUCAAAGGUUCCUAUGCUGCUGCCGUAAAGAAUGAAAGAGGAGGCAGUCAGGAUGCAUCGGCAAGCGGAUCUUAUGGCGUCAAAAGCGCCAAGACCACACCCUCGUCGUAUUCGACGACGAUACAAUGGAGAAAUGGCCAUUGGAGAACGAGGGUGGUGGUGACAGCAGCAGUGACCACGGAAAGGGGGAGGUCACCGCUGCGACGGUCAACAAGGGAGGACCGUCAUCGAAUACGAGACCGAAGGGGAAACCACGCUCCUUCCCAUACCAUCCUGGGAUUGCGGCCGGCAGACCGUGGCUGAAGAUGGGACUAACCCGGGAGGUAUGGCAGGAUAGAAUGAAUAAUGCGCAGUGUC